AUGACGGAGUUGCAUGACGCUGCAGAGGUGGGUGAUGUGCGUACACUGCAUAGAAUUAGUUGGAGAGGAAAUGUUGAUGUUAAUGCUGUGGAUGAAAAGGGCCGAACUGCCCUUCAUAUUGCCGCUGAGCACGGCCGUAUGGGAUUUAUCGAGAUGCUCUUACACACCUUUAAAUCCGUAGAUGUGACGAUUUUGGAUAAGAGUGGUAAAACUGCUGUGCAGCGUGCCCCACUGGAGCUGCGAAAAGAACUGACGUUACUUCUCUCCAUUGCGGAGGCAAAGGCAAUGGAACGGGAUUCACGCCGUAAGAAGGAAGANGUUAUAUAUAUAUAUAUAUAUAUAUAUAUAUAUAUAUAUAUAUUAUCGUAUUGUGAAUAG